GAAAAACAAUACUUUUUCUCAUAUGUGUGUGUGUGUGUUUCCCUCAGGAUUGUAUGGACAUUGGAGCAAAACCUAGAAAACUAAAACUAUAGAUUUGUUAUACUUAGAUUUGUGAUGUUUUGUGUUUAACGGCCAACAAAAACUGCUGUGGUCCACCAAGGGCUCUCAAUGCCAGGCUUUGGAGAGCCGAGGUCAACAUGAUGGAGCCACACACAGUUAUCUUUGAGCGAAGUCUCACUCCCAUGCCAUUGUAUUGGACUGCGGGUGGCCAUGUGACUUAUGAGAAGGGGCCGCAUGUGUUCUUAGUGACACGCUGAAAAGAAAAGUGAAGUGAAAGUUUCCUCUCAAAACUCAGCUGGACUUCAGGUCCACUUGCAGUCGGCCUGCUAACACUGACAUGUCAGCGUGCUCCUUGCAGCUCUCACAUCAGGCUUCCUCUGAGGAUGAAGACAGAAAGAUGAAGAGGAGGGAGAAGAACAGAAGUGCAGCCCAGAAAAGUCGCAACAGACAAACACAAAGAGCUGACAUGUUGCACCAGACCUGUGAGGAGCUCCAGCAGAAGAACACAACCCUGAGGAAGCAGGUAGUAUCACUGUAUGAGGAACAACGUCUGCUGACCGAAGCUCUGAGGAUCCAUGACCCUGUCUGUCCCAUCAUGCAUUGCCUGAAGGAUGACGUCAUGACAUCCUGCACCGUCUGAGUCCCUGCUUCCUCCAUAAAAAGUAAAAAUCAUCUACAGUAUCAGCCCAUCUGUCUAUUUAUCGACGUUAUGCACUGUCAAAUGGUAAUAUAUGCACACUUCUGCUUUGUAACCACACGAUUUAAAUGAAAACUAAAUGUGGGAAUUAAAUUCAUGAUUCACGCA